GAUCACAAGCUGGUGUGAAAACAAUUUACAGUAGCAAAAAAUGGCAAAGGCCAGUGUGUUAUUAGCGCAAGAUGAGUUCAGCUGUCCAAUCUGUUUGGAUCUCUUUAAAGAUCCAGUUACUAUUCCCUGUGGACACAGUUUCUGUAUGGAUUGUAUCACAGACUGCUGGGAUCAAGAGGAUCCAAAGGGAGUCUACAGCUGCCCACAGUGCAGACAGACUUUUACUCCAAGGCCAGUUUUGGGCAGAAACACAAUCCUGGCUGACGUGGUGGAGAAACUGAAGCUUCUGGGACUCCAGUCUGCUCCUGCUGCCCACUGCUAUGCUGGACCUGGAGAUGUGGAGUGUGACGUCUGCUCUGGGAGAAAGCGAAAGGCUGUCAAGUCCUGUCUGGUGUGUCUGUCCUCUUACUGUGGAACUCACUUCAGAGCUCACAACGAUUUAAACCCAGGCAAGAAACACAAAGUGAUUGACGCUGCUGGUAAACUGGAGGAUCUGAUCUGCUCUCGGCAUGACAAACUGCUGGAGGUCUUCUGUCGCACUGAUCAGACGUGCAUAUGCAUGCUGUGUGUCAUGGAUGAACACAGUGGACAUAAAACUGUUUCAGUCGCAACAGAGAGGACAGGGAAACAGAGAGAGCUGGGAGAGACACAGAGGAAAUCUCAAGAGGUCAUCAAAGAAAAAGAAAAGCAAUUCCAAGAGCUCAGACAGGCUGUGAAAACUCUUCAGUGUUCUGCUGAUGCAGCAGUGGAGAACAGUGAGAGGGUCUUCACUGAGAUGAUCCGCUCCAUUGAGAAAAGACGCUCAGAGGCAACGAAGCUGAUCAGAGAUCAGGAGAGGGCGGAUGUGAGUCAAGCUGAGGAACUCAUGGAGACACUGGAGCGGGAGAUCGCUGAGCUGAAUAGGAGCGUUGCUGAGCUGGAGCAGUUCUCAGAAAGAGAAAACAACAUCCAGUUUCUCAAGAGUUUCCAGUCUCUGUGUGCCUCCACUACAUCUGACAAGUCAUCUACGUGCUCAGUGCAUACAGAUGUGCUUUUUGAGAGAGUGAGUGACGGCCUCACUCUGCUCCAAGACAAACUGCAGGAUGUGCUCCACCAGGGACUACAGGACAUUGUGAAAACUGGUGAACAAAUCAGCAUUUUCAGACCUUCAGAGCCUGUGACCAGAGAUGAUUUCCUAAAAUAUUCCUGUCAGCUGACUUUGGACCCCAACACGGCUCAUUAUCAGCUGAUACUGUCUGAGGGAAACAGGGUUGUACAAUUGGUUAAUAAGAGGCACUCUUAUCCUGACCAUCCAGACAAAUUUAAUCAUUUAAUGCAGGUGAUGUGUUCAGAGGCUACGUGUACCAGGUGCUACUGGGAGGUGGAGUGGUCUGGAAAUGUGUAUAUAGCUGUUUCAUACAAGGGGCUGAAGAGGAAAGGAAAUGAUAAUGAUGCAAUGCUUGGGUUCAAUACAAAUUCCUGGGCAUUGCACUGCCAGUCAUCUGUGUUCCGCUUCUACCAUAAUAAGAAAAAUACAGAUCUCCCUCAUGCUCAGAUCUCCUCUAGAAUAGGAGUGUAUGUGGAUCACAGGGCAGGAACUCUGAGCUUCUACACUGUCAAUGCUGACACAGUGACUCUGCUGCACAAAGUGGAGACCACAUUCACUGAGCCGCUGUAUCCUGCCUUUUGGCUCCGCAGUUAUGGCAGUAAAAUCAAAUUGUGUUAGUGACAACAGGCCAACAGAACACCACAUGUACAUAUCAUAACAUGGCAGUGUGCGCUUUUGUGAUUUUUUUUGAUAGGCCUAUGCAAAUGUGCUAUGUGUUGUUGAACAAUUAACAGAUCUAAUGACCUUGCCAUUUUGAAAUGUAUUUUUUGUUUCUAGAAGUGCUUAAUAACUUCAAGAUGUAUGAAGCACAUUAUGAACUCUGUUAAUAUAGAACCUGCAAUGACUAAAGUAAAAGUGUGAAUGUACUAUAUGUGUUAAUCAUUUUGCUGUAUAUAGGCCUACUGCAUCUAUGAUAUAUUGAAUUGUGAUAUUCCAUCUCUUGGUGAGGCCCUCCAGUGUCAUUAAGCAAGGUUGUUAACCAGUGCAACUACAGUGCAUGUUCCCUGCACUAGAAUGAGUUGCUGUCAGUGAUACGUACACCAAGAAGUCAUACAUCUCUGUUCAUGUUCAGAUCAUCCUGGCUGUUAGUGUAAUAACACAUAGGCCUAUGGUUAUUGGUGUUAUUCUUAAAAUGAAUUAUUUUUCUUCUAUUUGUACUUGUAGGUUUCAAAAAAUAUAGGCUAUUAGCAGUUGUCAUGAUGACUAACUAUUCUAUCUGUGUGGCAAUAAAGGAUAUGUUUACUUUUAAAGUUGUGUCACUUUCAUUAUUCAUUGAAAGAAGAGAAGAUCGGAAAGUGAAAUAAAUUGUAGCCAAACUGUAAUGUCAAAUAAUUAUAUUUGUACAGCAUACAUUUAAAAGCAGGAGUUGGCAGAUAGUAAAAUGAAAUAGCAGACAUUAUCGAAUGGAGGGUAAGUAGGGAUACGACUCAGUGUGUCAAUGGAAAUGUUCACUUUAUUCAGCCAGUUUUCUUGGCAGAGGUGAGCCCCUUCUCCAUUCAUUUAUAUUGCACAGACAGAUCUACC